AUGGCGACUGUUGCCGUUGCACCGCAGACCCCCUCCUCCCCGAAAGUGCGAAUACGAUCUCAGUCAUUCGACUCGCCAUUUCUCCGCAUCAGCGUCACGCCCGUCGAAGAAUCGUCGUUUUCAAAGUCGACCGGGGCACUGGAGACACUGGCAGGUUACGAUGACAUGGAGGAGAGCGUUGCAGCGGGAGUGUUCAGGUCUGCGAGUACGCUGCCUCUACUGAAGACCAAAAUGAGCGACGAGUCGAUGCUGUCAGAAGCAUUGAGUGCCAGCUCUUCGUCCGUUACCACAUCUCCGACCAGCACGGAGAGCAGCAUGGAAUCUGACGACGAAGACGACGAGUCAAUUGCAUCAGACGAAGAAGAAGAAGACGACGAAGAACAUCGAGAACAGCACCAUCAUUACCAGCACCAACGACCUCAUCCUUUGACAUUUGCUCAGAGCACCACUACAAACAACACUACCUCGAAGGACAAGGACAAGGACACGACGCCGAGCCCACUGUCCCCCUUUCUGUACCAAGAUACCAGCUGUCCCAUGUACUCACCAUGGCUCGUCUGCGCGGUCCUCGACAUGCACGACGUGCACCGGUUGGACUGGACGUCAAUUGCGGACCCGAUUGAACGGGUGUGGGGCGUACGGACUAGCAGCGCCGAUGUACUCGGUAUCUUGAGUGACAACGGGCGGGUGAUGCGGCGACGCUGGUGGGACUGA